AUGCAGUUUACUUGUAAUACAUGUGGAUUGGUAUUUGCCUCCGCAGAUGAACAAAGAAUUCACAUGAAAUCUGACUGGCACAGAUACAACUUGAAAAGAAGAGUUGCUCAACUUCCAGCAAUAGAUGAAGAUCUUUUCAACUCCAAGGUGGCUAGCUUGGAAUCGCAGACUGAAGCAAACUCUCAAGAAGAGAAGAAGAACAAUAAGCAGUUAACGAAGAAAGAAAUUAGAAGAAGAGAGAAGGAAGCUAUAUAUGAACAAAAGAAGCAGAUUUUGGAAAUCGCUCGGAAGAAUUUGCUCGCCCAAAACGAAGCUAAUACCAUUGGAGACGAAGUGACCGUUCAGGAAGAAGUGAAGCAAACUUCCCCUGAAUCAAAUGAAAAUUUUGAUGAGACUUUAACUGAGGAUCAGCUUGCAGAAAAAAUCAUGGAAACCAAGCUUGCCAACCAAGUCGAUAUCCCGGCUACGACUUGUUUGUUUUGCCACCCAAAGGAAAAGAAAUCUUUUGAGUCUGUCGAUGCAAGUAGCGUACACAUGUUUAAAGAGCAUGGUUUUUAUAUUCCGGAACAAAAGUACUUAGAGGAUAAAGCGGGCCUCAUAAAAUACUUAGGAGAAAAGAUAGGUUUGGGUAACGUUUGUCUUUGUUGUAAUUAUCAAGGAAGAAACAUAGAAGCAGUGAGGGAGCACAUGAGAAUUAAGAGGCAUAUGAAAAUACCAUAUGAAAAAGAAGAUGAGAAGCUUGAAAUUUCACAAUUCUAUGAUUUUCUGUCCACAUACGAUGACAGAAGCAAGGUCGUAGUUUCAGAAGAAGAGGAUAAUUCUGAAGAAGGUGCUUGGGAAGAUGUCUCAGAUGGAGACGCUGAAGGAGAAGACGAUGAUGAUGAAGACGAUGAUGAGUUGCCAUCACAAGGAGAUCGUGCACUUUAUCAAGACGGACACGAACUUGUUUUGCCUUCUGGUGCUGUUAUUGGUCAUCGUUCUAUGGCUAGAUAUUACAGACAAAACUUGGCUCCAGAGCGAAUUUUGUCUGAAGGACAAGGUACCGUCAUUGCUGCAGAAACUAGACAUAUGUUUAAUGUUAAGGAUAGACAAGAGUUGGCUAUACAGAAGAGAGCUUGGAGUAGACAACAUAAGAGGGAAGAUCAAAAUGAUAGAAGAGCGCAAAAAUUCAUCAAUAAUCAACCACACUUUAGAGACCCAUUAUUACAAUGA